AUGUCGUCAAUAACAACAAAUGAAGUAUUUGAUUGGAUUUGUAUUAUAAUGAUAAUAUUUGGUACUAUUGGAAAUAGUCUUGGUUUAAUUGUAUUUUCAUCACGAAAAUUUCGUCAAACAACUUAUGGUCGUUUAGCAAUAACAUCAUUAAUUAUAAAUCUCUUAUGUGUAUAUCGUUAUUCACUUCUUCUUCAUUCAAAUACACGACGUUGGAUAGCAUAUAAAGUUGCUCAAUCAUGGUUUAAUUGUAAAUUAUAUAGAUUUUCAUCUUGUUUAAGAAUAUUAUCAGCAUUUGUAACUGUUGCAUGGACUUAUGAAAGAUUUACUUAUGUAACAACAAAUAUUCGUUUUUUAAAAAGAACUAAAUAUUUUAGUAAAUAUAAAUAUUAUUUAAUGACAUUAUUAUCUUUAAUUAUUGUUGCUGCUCUUACUGGACCAAGUGUUUAUUUUCAUGAAUUAAUAUCAAUUCAUUCAAAUAAUCAUCCAUUGAUAAAUCAAUUUAAUCAAACAUCAAUAUCAACUAUAAGGACGUCAUUAGAAGAACGAAAAGAAGAAGAAUCUCGUCGAUAUGAAUAUGUGAGAUAUAAUGAAAUAAAUAAUGGUAAAAAUCAAAUGGUUUGUAGUUUAAACGAAUCAAUUGGUAUAUUAUGGCUUGAAUUUUUAACUGAUGUUAGAUUUGGUUUAAAUUAUACAACAUUUCGUUCAAUUUUUUCUGAAAUAAUUCCAUCAUUAUUUGUUAUUUUAUUAAAUAUUGGAAUAAUAAUAAGUGUUAUUAAAGCAACAUUAUCAUUUUCAAAAAGAAAAAAUAAUUCUUCAAUUAUUACUCGUCAAAAUCUUAAUAAUUCAUUUAAAAAAAGUGAAACAAAUGAUGGUUUAAUUGUACAUAAUCGACCAGGUACAUCAUGGAUGAAUAUUGUUUUAAUAAUUCAUUCAUGUCUUUUCUUUUUUUCAUCAUUAACAUCAACUAUUGUACAUUGGUCAACAUCAAAUCCAUUAUUAUCACAUUGGACAAGUGUUGUUAUUUUAGCUAAUUGUUCAUUAAAUUUUUAUGUUUAUUGUUUAAGUGGAAAAUCAUUUAGAAAUGAAAUUAAAAAAUUAUUAUAUGAUUAUUAUCAAUUAUAUUGUUUUAUUAAAUUUAUGAAUUUAUUUAGAAAUAAAUCUCAACGUGAACAUGUUCAACAAACAAUUCGAAUGCGUAUUUUAACACAUAGAAAUAAUAAUUUAUCAUUACAAAAAAAUAUUCAUUUACCAACAUCUUCAUUUAUACAACGAUAA